GUCGCUGCCAUUAAGACCCUACUCGGAGUCGUGCAGCGCUCUCGCGCCGAAACCAUGAUGGGCCUCCAGGACGAUCUCAAACAAGCCGCCCAGCUCAUGAUGGACAACUUCGCCACACACCGCGACAGCGGAGCGGGUCGUUCGCAUAUUGCGCUACAGUCCGGCUGCGCCAUGUUCCUCAAGUACGUCACCCGCACCUUCCUCGAACUCUCCGAUUUCGAAGCCUGCCGGCAAGCCGUACUGGAACGCGGCGAGCGAUUCCAGAUGAUCAGUCUCGCCGCGCGGGAUCGCAUCGCCAAGGCCGCCGUGGACUUUAUCCCACCCAACGCUACCGUACUCACCCACGGAUACAGUCGCGUGGUCGCCGCAAUACUGUCGCAGGCGUCGCAGUCCCGACACUUUAGUGUGAUUGUGCUGGAAGGCCGUCCAGACGCCAGUGGGCCGAAGAUUGCGCAGUUCUACGCACGCGAAGCCCAUAUUCCGGUCAAAAUUGUACUGGACGCCGCCAUGGCCUACAUUAUGGAACAAGUCGAUAUUGUCCUCGUUGGCGCCGAAGGGGUUAUGGAGAAUGGUGGGGUCGUCAACAAGCUAGGAACCUACACGCUAGCGACGUGUGCCCAAGCGGCUGGCAAACCAUUCUACGUUGCCGCCGAGUCCUACAAAUUUGCCCGUAUUUAUCCAUUGCAUCAAGCCGACCUCCCUCUCCAUCCAAUGGCACCGCUGGAAUUUGCCAUCGCCCUGGAUGAAUCGAUCCAAGUCGUCAACCCUCCCGUAGAUUUCACCCCGGCCAAAUUCAUUACACUGCUGUUUACCGACCUUGGAGUGCUGACGCCAAGCGCCGUAUCCGACGAGCUUAUACGUUUAUAUCAAUAG